CCACGUGAGGGUUGGAGUGAUCGCGUCACCAUGCCUAAAGUGCUGAAAGGAAAAAAUACAGGACGGGAAAAGGUCAUCCAUCCGUACAGCAGGAAGGCUGCUCAGAUCAGCCGGGAGGCCCACCGGCUAGACAAGAAGGAGAGAUUGAAGAAUGACAAGGCUUUGCGUCUGAACCUGAUUGGGGAGAAGCUGCAGUGGUUUCAGAGUCACCUUGAGCCCCGGAAGAAGAGCUAUUCGAAGAAGGAUGCCUGUGACUUGAUUGAAAGGUACUUAAAUCGAUUCAGCAGUGAGCUGGAGCAGAUUGAGUUACAUAACAGCAUCAAAGACAGGCAGGGAAGGCGCCACUUCUCCCGGGAGGCCGCCAUCAAGCAGACGCUGGGGCGAGAGCGGCAGCAGUACGAGAGCUACGGCCUGGAGAUUCCAGACAUUUUAAAUGCAGAUAACCUGAAGACAUUCAGGGAAUGGGACUUUGACCUGAAGAAGUUGCCGAACAUUAAGAUGAGAAAAAUUUGUGCCAGUGACGCCAUUCCCAAGAAGUGCAAGAAGGCGGCGACUGUGACCGUGGGUGAGAGGUUGGAUGGAGGCUUAGGAGCGCUGGAGCUGAGGGAGGAGUCGAGUGACACGGACGAGGAAAUGACCGCAGUGGCCUAG